AUGGCUCCUUCACGGCGUCUCGUCUGCGCUGCCCGUCCCUUCUAUGCGAGGCCCGUUUGCUCUUCAACCGCUCGCCCCAUGACCACAAGCUCGCCGGCGAGCGCGCACGGCACGUCCGAGGCAGCCGUCGAUGCCGGCACGAGCAAGAAGUGCAAACCCCUGACAAAAGAGCAACGCGAGUUUCUUUCGGCAGCCCUACGCGUCAACCAAGCGGGCGAGCUCGCCGCGACCCUCAUCUACCAGGCACAGACGCCCGUCCUCAUCCGACGUCACCCGCACCUCCGCCCUCUCAUGAAGCACAUGUACGACCAGGAGGCCGCCCACCUGGACACCUUCAACAACCUCAUCCACAAGCACCGCGUUCGUCCGACCGCCCUGUACCCGUUGUGGUCCGUCCUCGCCACGGGGCUCGGCUGGUCCACGGCCGUCAUGGGCCGAGAAGCCGCCAUGGCCUGCACCGAAGCCGUCGAGACCGAGAUCGGUGGCCAUUACAACGGUCAGAUUCGCACCCUCCUCGAGAUGGUUUCCGAAUGGGAAGCGCAGGGGCACGACGUUACCCUGGAGAUUCGCGACCUGAUAUCGACGCUGAGGAGGAUACGGGACGAGGAGCUCGAGCAUCUAGAUCACGCCCUGGAUCACGAUGCAAAAAAGGCAGAGCCUCAUUGGCUCCUCACCAACGUCAUCAGGGCAGGCUGUCGAGGUGCCAUCUGGGUCAGUGAGCGUGUGUAA